CUUUAUCAGCUAGCUGGCCGCGUCAACAGCAAAGUCAUUUGUGUAGGUCAUGUAGCUAGAGGCUGUGCUGAACCGUUAGAGAAUCUACCUCUUCCAGAGGAAAUGGGAACGAUGUUUUCCAGCUUGAGACCCACGAUGCAUAUCCUUGCAAGAAGUGCUGUUGUUGACUUCGGCAUUCAGUGGGGACUCUUCAUUAUUGCAGCUGCACUCAAAACAGAAAAGUUUUAUGAUUUAGCAGGGAGCGGCACAUUUCUUCUCCUGACCUACCUGUCCUUGAAAUGGGGAGAAACAUUCCACUUCCGUCAGAUGGUUCAGAGCGGAAUGGUUGGAGUCUGGGGUCUCAGACUCGGCAUGUAUCUGUUCAGUCGGGUAUUGAGUGAAGGAGAGGACCGUCGCUUCAGACACGCCAAGAAUAACUUGGGUCUCUUCUUCAUUUACUGGACAGUGCAAGCUGUAUGGGUGUGGGUGACACUACUCCCCACCCAGAUCCUCAAUGCCGAGAAGAAUGACAGACCCCUGACCAAGAGGGACUACGUGGGGUGGGGACUGUUUGUUGUGGGGUUCCUCCUAGAGAUUGUAGCAGACUACCAGAAAGCAGCAUUCAGGGCUAACCCUGACAAUGUGGGCAAGUUCAUCAACACCGGUCUGUGGAGCAUAAGCCGACACCCCAACUACCUCGGGGAGAUUAUCCUUUGGGCGGGGCUUUACAUAUCAGCCUCCUCCGUCAUGACUGGUAAGCAGUACCUGAGCGUCAUCUCCCCAAUGUUUGUCUACUUUCUGUUGACCCGGGUCAGUGGCAUCCCAAUACUUGAGAAGUAUGGAAUGAAGAAAUGGGGUAACAACAACUUGUACCGGGACUAUGUCAAUAAGACACCAGUACUCUGGCCCAAACUGUGGUAAUUGUAGAGGUACUUGAGCCUAUUGACUCCGUGCACAAGCACCCCCUCAAUGAAUAAAAAUGGAGAGCUGGGAAGAGCACUGGGAGGGAUUUUAGAAGGAGGGACCUCUGACGCUCUCAAAGACGUCCCCUUUGUGCAGAUUGAGAGUGCGUACUUUGUGCCAUUCGGUAUGACACACACACACAUGGUAACUGGUGGGGCAGGAAGCACACAGAGUAACAAUAGGGACAAUAGACUCCACAAGUCAGUCUGUAGAAAUCUAUGUACCCCAUGAGGAAAACGAAAUGGAGUUUGAUAUUUCAUUACAAACAAAGGAGAACAAAAGAAGGGAAACAAGUAUGUGUGUGUAAAGCCGCGUCUGAAUUACUUGGCUACGGCUUGAAAUAACACAAGGGUCUAUGGGAAGUGGCUGCAGCCAAGUAAUUCAGAUGCGGCCUAAGGCUGUGCGUGUGUUCGUGUCUUGUAUUACGCUCGAGGACAGACACACAAAGGGAGAACAGAUGAUCCUUUCAGUCCUCGUAUCGUACGUUUACAUGCUUAGUCUAUGGGAAAGUGUU